GUUUUUAUCGAUGUAUCUCCACCUCUAAAAGCCAACUCAGCUGAAAGUGAACGAAAUUUUUAUACACAAAAAAUAAAGCUGCAGCGCUAUAAGAUAAAUUCACCUGCGAAAUCGAGUCCUAAAACGAUGCAAAAUGCGGCUAGCCAACGAGAAAGCGAAAAUGCAGCCUCUGCUGAGUGACUUGCUGUUCCUUAGCGCCCUGGCCAUCUGCUGUCUUCCUUCUUCGACGUGGGCCGCGACUGGAGUACUUUCAGACAAGCGACUGUGCGCUGACCCAAAAUGUGAACAAAUCAUCUCAACGGGCAUUGCCAAAAUCAGCUAUUUGUCCGGAGGUGAAGGGUUGAUCCCGUUCAAAAUCAACGCCCCCAUUCGCGUCUUGUCCAAGAGCGCCGGAUCCAACAAGAAGCUAUGGGGUGUGGAAAUUGGUGGACGUCGCGGCUAUGCCAAUAAGGAUUUUAUUUUGGAGAAAAAGGUGAUAGUGCCUGAAAAGAAUCUGUUAUACGAGCUGCCGGUAGUGGGUCCUGGAAGUGCUGUGCCGGAGGGAGGCCCGAGUAUAGUAGCGGAACCGGUAGUGGUUCCUGGAGCUCCUGCGCCGGAGGAGAAUCCCAGUAUAGAAGCGGAUCCGCUGCAGCCCGUUCUAAACGCCUCUGAGGUAGUCGAUGACUUGCUCACAACUACCACGUCACCGCUGGAUGUAAAAGUGGAAUCGAUUGUGGUGGAUCAAGGCACUUCCGCUAAUGAGCAGACCCCUAGUCCAACGGCAACUACCCAGGCCAAAGUGCAACUUGUGGAUGGCACCGAGCUGCCGUUGGAGGUUACUCCCGCUGUAACCGAGAGCAUCCUCGCUCCCGUUGAGCUAACACCGAAAUUAGAAUCGGCCUCAGCAGCAGUUGAAACGAAAGAGCCACAGGAAGCGGUGAUUGAUGCCAAAGAAAGCCCCGAGACAACUGAAGCUCCCGCGACAAAAGAAGAGAAUGAGUUGCCUGCAACCGGAACCCAGGAGUCAUCACAACUGCCUGCUGCAAUCAACGCUGAACUUGAAGACAUUGACGAUUUUGAUUACGAGGAGGACGAGGCAGACGACGACGAAGAAUCGAACGAUGAUACUAUAAACGCAGAUAGCAAAGAUAACGAAUCGUUAAACGAGAAACAGAUCGAUAAAAAAGCAAUUAAUGUUAGCGAGCCGAUGGAACCGAAACUCAACGCGGUAGAGGCAACUGAUAACCUGGAGAAUGCAGAACAGAAGCUGCAGGAGGAGCAGGCUGAAGAGAAGUCUAACGAAGAAAAGGAGAAGCCAGAGCUGCCUAAUAUUUUUGAGAGAAAAGAAGAGACAGGUUCUCCAGAUGUGGCAUCAACGGAAACUGACCACUCCACUGAAGUGCCAGAAAUUGUUCACGAAUCUCAGUCCACGGGAACUGUAAACAGUGAAGAGCCAAAACCAACUGAAGCAACAGAGACAGAUGUGGAAAAGGCUGAGAAAAUAGUUCCUCUUGCAGCGGAGGUUCAAACUGAACCAGAAACUGAAAAGCUAGACUCCAAUGAAGACUCACAACCUUUGGUGAAAAACGAAGAUAAACCCGAAACAUUGGCUACCUCUACCGAAGUUCCUACUGGAGAAGCUCCGUUGGGCGCUUUGCCUCACCUUUUCGAUAAAAGUAACUUUGAUAACCCAAAUGACUAUUAUAAGAAACUGCAAGAGCAGCAACAGCAAGAGAAGCAGGUGCAUGAUGAAUGGAAAAAGCAGCAAGAGGAUCAGCAACAGCUUGAACAGCUACAGAGACAGGAGCUUCAACAGCAACAGGAGUUGCAAAAACAACAGGAGCUGCAACAGCAACAGGAGCUCCAACAGCAACAGGAGCUUCAAAAACAACAAGAGCUGCAACAGCAACAGGAGCUUCAAAAGCAACGAGAGCUGCAACAGCAACAAGAGCUGCAACAGCAAGAAGAAAAGCAACAUCAGCAAUACAAUCCUGUAGAGCAGCCGGAACAGACAACGCAGCACCAUCAUGCCGCAGAAAGUGCCUAUCAUCAUCAUUCCAGUGAAGAACAAACCACUCCUGCACCAUUCACAGAUUCGGUCUAUGAGGCAGUCUACGAUGAUCACACACCAUUGCCAGACACUUCCUCAGAACGUCCUGGUGUCGGAAGCGCCGAGCCUGUGGCACUGCCGGCAACCUCAAGUCCUUCGCCGGAGGUGCCUAUAAAGGAGGACGGUUUGAACCUCGGUCUCUUCGCCACCAUUGUCGAUACUGUUAAUAACUUUAUUGGAAAAGAGCCACAGGCUCCUUUGGAUAGCAGUGACGAGCUGCACAGGAUUCUUUAUCCUGGCCAGGGCGGCGGGGGAUCCCUACAAAAGCCUUCCCAAGGCUCCAUUCCAAAUAAUGAGGAUGGUUACUGUGCUCGGUUCCAGCCACAGGAUUGUCAUAGAAGCAUAUCCAUUGAUAAUUUCAUGGAGGUCUUAGCUGGUAACCUGGUGGAUCACACUCUGCUUCUGUUGUGUGUGAUUAUUGCGGCGGCCUCCUCGCUCUUCUUUAUCUUCGUCUACUACUGCUUCUGCAACAGUAGCCAGGAGGGAGAGCUGCUCUCGAAGCUGAACCAUCUGGAGCGCAGCUUGCUGGCUUCCCACAAGGAGAACUCCAUCAUCAAGCACGACCUAAUGACGACGCGCACCAAGCUGGCCAGCAUCGAGGAUAACUCCUUUGGCUCCAAUGACAUGGUGGCCGAUUUAAAAAAACAGCUCGAGACGGAACUCUAUGAGAAGGCAAAGUUGCAGGAACAGGUCGUCUCACUGGAAAGGGAUCUUGAUAAUGCUGCCGAAGCUGGUCUUGAGCUGAAUAAAAUGCUGUCAGAGGUCUUGGCCAGUCAGAAUGGUGAUGAGGCCUUCAUGAGUACUGUCGAUGAGCUGCAGAGGCAGUUGAACGAGCAAGAGAAGAUUAUAUUUGAAAUCAACACAAGUCUGGCGGAGAAGAGCCGUGAAAAUAGCGAACUUCAAUAUUCCUUUACGGAAGCCAAGGCGCGCCUUACCAGCGAGCUCAAAACCCUGCAGGAUGAUAACUACGAGUUGGAGAUGGAAAAGUCCAAGUUGCAGACGCGUCUCGAGGAAAUCCAAUCGGAGAUGGAGCAGGAACUAGCCAAGGCCCUGGAGACCCGCAACUUCGAAAUGCAGCGUCUACAAAACCAGAUCCUCGAGCUGACUUCCAAAUGGGAGCGGGAGCAUGGUGAACUGCAGACCAGUCAUGCUAAGAUCGAAGCGCUCGAGGACUGCCUCAAGGCACUUAAAAAGGAUGGCAACUUAAAUGUCCAGGAUCUGAUCACCUCAGCCAAGACACGUGGUGAGCUAAACGCUUCCCACAAAAAGUUUAUCGAUCUGCAGUCGAAGCUGGAGCAGGAGGUUUCCCUUAAACAGCGGCUGGAAAGCCAGCUACAACAGUCCUCCACAGACAUCGAGCAGCUUAAGCAGGACUUUAACCAAUCUGAGCGUGACAAGCUGGAGGCCCAGACACGACUGGAGGUCCUUUCCGGAUACUUUAGGGAGAAGGAGAACGAGCUUAAGAAGGAACUAAGCCUUCAGGAGACCAAGUGGUUGCAGCAUCAAGGAGAGAACGCCAGCACGGUGGAGACGCAGACCCUGAUGAAGAAUGAAAUUCAAACACUGAAAUCUCAGAAUGAUGAGCUGCGUGCAGAGAUCGAGGCCCAGAUAGCUUCGCACAAAGCACAGAUGGGAACGCUCGAAAAUCGGGCCCAUGAGUCCUGGCUGGCGGCACGUCAGUCGGAGCGCCGGUGCGAAGAGGCACUGGCUGAAGCCGCCGGGCUGCGGCGCAAGCUGACUACCAUGGCCACCGGAGGCGGCGCAGCGGAUAUGGCCUCCGUGGAUACCAUCUCAGCCAAUGGGGCGUCAAUGCUAGGGGCAGAACUGAAAACGGCUCCAUCCCCACUGCCACUGCCGGGAUCGCCGCUGCUGAACAUGCCAAAUCCACUGCCAUUCCUGCCGGCAUUCAUGGGCUUGCCGCCGCCAUUCCUGCCCCCCGCAGCGGCAGGAGGAGCUCGUCCACCGCCCCUAGGGCGAAUGCGCUCCCCACCACCUCGACAUCGGGAUCGGGACCGCGAUUCUGACUACAGCGAUUAUGAUGACUACGAUGACGACUACGAGGAGGACGACCGGGGAAUGGAUCGUCGCCGCAGGCACAGCGGCAGCUGGGGUCGUGACCGUCGCGACUCCUACACCCACUCGCCCCGCACAUAUCGCUCGCUGUCGCCGUCGGAUAGUCGUUACAACUACAACGACACGGAGACGGACUUUAGUCCGCCGCCAAGUCCACCGCCAGCCUCGUCUGGCCGCACCGCCAGAUCGCGGCCAUACAGCGAGGUGUGAGAGAAGUGUUCUUCCACACAACCAACCAAGUCCUACCAAGUAUAUUAGACUCAAAACUAGUUCAAAUAUAUUUAUUAAUCAAUAAUUAUCGAACGGUCGGCGGGCGCCUUCUCAAAGCGAACCCAUCCCAUCAACAGGGACUUCAGGAAACUCCAUCAGCAUCCACACAACUAAGAAAUCUUGUCAGACUCAAUGGUGAACGAGAUGUCCACGAAAAUAACAGAAAUUAAACCUUGUGGCAAAAAAUCAAGCGCAUUGUUUUCAUUUCAAGUCAUUAUUGUACAUGCUCUCGAGUACUUAUGUUAUCGGAAAAUUUGUUUGUUUUUACGUUCCAUUAAAAAAUUAAGGCUUCAAUUCCUGA